ACGGCUGGUCGGCAGAGCUAAAGCGGAACUACUCAGCGUAAUAGAAAAGACACCGGGCAGAGUGGGAGUACAAAUGAGAAGACUGAGGCAUCUGACAGAGACCGAUUGCCAGCAGUUAGGCCAGAGCAGAGAAGGUUCUUAUUCACUCACUCAGCCUUUGAGCCAGAGGAGAACCAGCAGAGAUGUAAACUAUGGGCUUUAUCCCUGGAACCGAACAGAAAGAUUUAGCAGAGGUAGAUCCAGUACUGGAUUUCAGAAAAACGGCAUGAAUAAAGACAGGGAUUCUUCCAGCAGCAAACCUAUUCCCAUUAAUGUUGAAGAAAUGGACUGCACCGCAUCAGAAGAUGAGCUAUUCUUAAAUUACAGUGAUGAAGUCUCUGAACAGUUUGAUGGGGCUAAUAUGUCUCAAACAGAGGCCGCUUCAAAUAGGAAACGCCAUUGUUAUUCUGCAGAAAGUGGGAGCCCAGACAAAAAGUACUGGCUGUCCGGGGGAGAUUGCAAGACAAUACCUUCAAACAAUGUCGAGGAGGAGGAGGAUGAUUUAGUUCCUGACCCUUGCUAUGGACUCUUGGGUGUCAAUGACCCUGUGCCUUGUGAAAAAAUCAACCAGUUUCCAGAUGAGCUUUUACAAUGUAUAUUUGGCUUCCUCCCCAUGGUGGAGCUUUACAAAAAUGUGAGCUUGGUGUGCCAGAAAUGGAAGACCUUGGUCAGCGAUGCAUUGUUUAUUCCAUGGAAAAAAUGUUACCACAGAUAUAUUGGAAAAGAUUCCCAAGCAGUAAACGAUAUUGGAAAUCUUCUUAAGACAAAUGGAAUAACUGCAGAAAAUGACCAGUGCAUUCUAAAUCUUGUGAAGUACUUUUCUACUCACAUAAGUUCCCGUGAUGCAAACCAUGAGGCUAUAUUGGGCUGUUUGAGGAAACAUCAUUUAUAUGCAGUUGCUGAGGCUUGUGUUAUUCACAGGCUACCUGAAAUGGGGAAUAUUAUUGAGAGUGUGAAUGCCUGGGCAGUGAUUGCAGUGAUUUUGCUCCUGUCUCAUGAAGUAACUGAUAUCCAGAAGUUAAUGAAAUGUCUAGAGAAACCUAGCUCGAUGCUGAGACAUGUUGAAAUCACAGAGGCUUUGUACUGUUUGGCUACGCUGCUUUUUGCAAUGAGAGAACACAAGAUUCUCAUCAGUAACCGGAUUCACUACAAUAUCUUCUAUUGUUUGUAUCUUUUGGAAAACAACCGUUCGCAUGGAACAGCACCUAAUAACCUUGCCAAACCCAAGUUCUGCCUGACUAGCGAGCAACAGCAUAUCGUUAACCAUGACAUUGCUCCUGGACAAGUGGUGAAAAUCAUGGCCUUUGCUGGUACUGGUAAAACUUCCACUCUGAUAAAGUAUGCAGAGAAGAGGCCUAGCCUGCGUUUUUUGUAUCUCAGUUUUAACAAAUCAAUUACACAGCACGCUUCCCAACGUUUCCCAAGGAAUGUGACAUGCAAGACUUUCCAUGCGUUAGCAUAUGCUAAAUUUGGCUACAAGUAUCGGCAAAAGCAGAAACUGAACCCCUUUAAACUAACUGCAUACGCCAUUAACUGUGUACUUCCCGAGGGUCAGGGAGGUUUUAUCCGGGCAAAACUUGUAGCGAAGACAUUGGAGACUUUUUUUUCGUCUGCGGAGGAAUCAAUUGAAAGAGAACAUGUCCCCAUUUGGUAUAUAAAUACCAAUGGGGCGAAAUCUCUGGUCACACCAGAAUUACAAUCGUUUGCUGUGAGCCAAGCAGAGACAAUCUGGGAAAAAAUGAAACGUUUGGAAACAACUAGGCAAUCUGCUUACAAAAUGACGCAUGAUGGGUAUUUGAAGCUCUGGCAGUUAAGUGGACCCGAUCUUUCUUAUUAUGAUGCUAUCUUUGUAGAUGAAGCUCAGGACUGCACACCCUCUAUCAUGCAGGUCGUGACUUCCCAGACUUGUGGGAAGAUCUUUGUUGGAGAUCCUCACCAGCAGAUUUAUAGCUUCCGUGGAGCUGUCAAUGCAUUGUGUGAGGUGCCGCACACUCAUAUCUACUAUCUCACUCAGAGCUUCAGAUUUGGUGCUGAAAUAGCUUAUGUUGGUGCCACCAUUCUUGAUGCUUGCAAGAAAUUGCGACAUAAAACUUUAGUUGGAGAAAAUCAGAAAGGAACCAUUCUAGGAACUUCCUCAAGGGAAUUUGCAAUCUUAUCCCGAACAAAUUCCUCUAUCUUUGAUGAAGCGGUGAGACUAACUGAAGGAGAAUUCCCAUCUACAAUUCACAUUAUUGGGGGACCUGAAAAGUUUGGACUGAACAAAAUCUAUGACAUCUGGAAACUCCUUCAACCAGUACAAGAGAGACUAAGACAAAAUCUACAGAUUGAAGACGCAUCCAUAAAGAUGUGGGCUAAGAUAGGAGGAUUUUCCGCCCUAAAAAAAUACGCAAUAAGUUCAGAGGACCGAGAACUGGAGUCUAAGAUUGCUAUUGUUGAAAAAUACAACGUCCGGAUUCCUGAGCUUGUGAAGAGGAUACGAAGCUGCCACACAGACUCAUCUGCAGAUUAUAUUUUAGGUACAGUCCAUAAAGCCAAAGGAUUGGAGUUUGACACUGUACUAAUAACAGAUGAUUUUUUGAAAAUCCCCUCAGCCAGACACAACCUGGAAGGGCAGCAGAUUCCCUUAGGUUUAUCACUGGAAGAUGAAUGGAAUUUACUUUACGUUGCAGUAACUCGUGCAAAAACACAUCUUAUAAUAACAAAAAACGUAGAGAAUAUUUUGACUCUUGCGGGGGAAUACUUAUUCAGAGCUGAGCCGACGAGCCAAGCGUUAAAGGAGGGUCCCAUAUCAUGUGCUCUCAAGCAAUGCAACAACACCAUCCCUGAAAACUCUGUCUUGACUAUGAAAAAGCUGCCAAUUGUUUAUAGUGACAAAACAGAAGAUAAAGGAGGUUAUAUAUGCCAUUCAUGUGUUCUGCAAAGAGUGGGUCCAAUAACGCAGUUGUUGGCAUCUCCAAAUUUGGUGACAUCCAUGGAAAUUAACCAGGAGAACGUGAUGAUGCCCAGACAUGUCGAGCAAUUACUGCAAGCUAUUUGAUGAGCUUUUUGUCUCCAUCCCAGCAAGAUAACACUAGCCUUCACGUUUUAAACAGCCCAGAUGGUGCUUGGUACUACUGGAAACUAGUAUUUAACAACUGGACAUUUUGGAAGGGAUUUUCUUUUUAAUCCUGUGCUCAUCUUACAAACUUUCACAUUUCUUCAACAGGCUAGUGCCUAAAAGACAAUAUAAAUCAAAUUUUUAUCUAAAAAUAAAAUGUUUUAUGACAGAUCGCAAUUAAAAGUGUAUAACGGCUUAUAAACAGAACUGAAUAUAAAGUGUCUGACUGUGAUAGCUUGUGCUGGUGUAUUUUUGUGUACAAGAUUCUUUAUAUUAAAAUGGAAGAUAUUUACAAAUCGCA